AUGACUUUGGAAGACAUGCUUAAAAAACUCAUGAAUGACCAAGCUAAGCUAGCUGCAAAUGUUCGUCAGUAUCAAAUCACUACUCAAAAUUUAGAGAAGCAGGUGGGAAAGCUAGCAAGUGCUCAAAAUUCUCGCCUACAAAUGGAUUUAGCCUAUAUUCACUCAUUGGAUUACUGUACUGAUCACUGCUGCAUAAAAGCCGUCAUGCGCCGAAGGUUGAGGAGGAAAAGUACAGGGACUAGAGCGGGAGGAGGGAGGAAGAAAAAUGAACAUAGUCGGAGGGUAUUCCUAAAUAUGCCAAUGUUUGUCAAAGAUAUUAUGGCCAACAAGAGCAAGUUAGCUGAAUUUGAAACAUUGGUACUCACUGAAGAAUGUAGUUCAAGAAUCUUGAACAAAGUUAAGCUUCCAGCUAAACAAAAAGAUCCAGGUAGUUUCAUGGUACAUGUAACUAUUGGUAAGUACAGUAAUGCAAGAGGUAUCUGUGAGCUAAGUUCUAGUAUAAACUUGAUGCCGAGAUAUAUACUUAAGAAAUUAGUUUUGGAAAAACCUAAAUCAACCACCAUUUUGUUACAAUUAGCUGAUCAUUCUGUAGCUAGACCUGAUGGUAUUAUUGAGGAUGUGUUAGUUCAAGUGGGAUUCCUCAUCUUUCUUGUUGAUAUUAUUGUAUUAGAUUUUGAGCCGGACCAAGAGAUUCCUUUUAUCUUAGGGCGUCCGUUCUUAGCAAUAGGAGGUGCACUUAUUGAUGUGGCUGCAGGUAGAUUGACUAUGAGAUCACAUGACAAAGUGGAGGUGUUUGAUGUAUAUCAGGCACUGAAAUUGCCUGCAGUCUAUGAAGAGUUGUCUACUAUAACUGUCAUCGAUGAAGAAGUAGAAUAUCAAUGCACUUUAGCAAAAGAACCUUUGGAAAGAGUCUCAAUGGGUCAAGUUAUUGAAGAGGACAUGGAAGCAAAAGAGCUAGCUAGUGUGCUUGACAUUCCAAAUGUCACCAUGUGGAAAAAGAAUGUGGAACCUUUGAACAGAGAAUUAGGUCCUUCACCCAAGCCAUAUCUUGAAGAAUCUCCUAACAUGGAGUUGAAGCAACUGCCAACACAUCUCAGGUAUGCUUUUCUUGGAGUGAAUAAUACCAUACUUGUAAUUCUUUCGUCGGCUCUAUCAGAGAUGCAGGUCAUAGCAGCACUUGAGGUAUUAAAAAGGCACAAGAAAGCAAUUGGAUGGAAGAUGGAUGAUCUCCAUGGUAUCAGCGCCGCUUUGUAA